AUGCGCCUGCUCACCACCUCAACGGUGCUGGCCGUCGGCGGGCUAGUUCAACAAGGACAAGCGCAGCUGUACGACAAAGUCAUUCAAACCCAAUAUGGCCCAGUAAAAGGGUUCGAAUACUUCGACCAAUCGACGCUCGAGAAGUAUUUCAAUGUCUCUACGAGCAAUGUGGCAGCCUUUCUGGGAAUUCCUUUCGCAGCCGACACGGGCUACCAAAACCGUUGGAAGGCACCACAACCACGCGAACCCUGGAACGAGACACUCAAUGCCACCGAUUUUGGACCGGGGUGUCCCCCAUCUGCCAGAGAUUCACCCAGCUACAGCGAGGAUUGCUUGAGCUUGAAUAUCUGGACUAAUGCAGCAACGGCAAACGCGUCUUUGCCUGUCCUCGUCUGGAACCAAGGAAGUGAUGAGACGAGCAAUAAGACAUGGUGGUAUGGUGGAGGCAUGGCCUUGAAGGAUGUCAUCUUUGUGACCUUCAACCGCCGCGACGACGCUUUUGGAUACCUUGCCCAUCCCGAUUUGAAUGCCGAAAGCCUCGCAACAAAUGGCCACAAUGCUUCGGGCAAUUACGGCAUCCUCGAUCAUUUGGAAGUCCUGAAGUGGGUGCAGAAGAACAUUGCCAACUUUGGCGGUGAUCCUACCAAGGUCACCGUUGCAGGCCAAUCAUUCGGAUCCUCUCAAGCCUACCACGCUGUCAACAGUGACUUGUUCAAGGGUUACUUCCGCGGUGCUAUCGCCCAAAGUGGGAUCAGAUACCCGUACGACACACUCUUGGCAGGUCUCGCAACGUCCUACGUCAACAUGUCCACUGCUCUCAAGAACGGCGUCAACUAUACGCAAUCCCACAAUGUCUCUACUAUUGCAGAACUACGCACUCUCUCCACGGACGAGAUCCUCCAGGGAUCCUCGGAUCGCGUGGGCAACGAGUCCAUCUAUUGGAUCACGGCGCUGUCAGCCGGUUACCCGCUGAAGUUCAAACCGGUUCUCGAUGGCUACGCGAUCCCCAUGAGAUACAUCGAUGAACUACACGCGGGGCCCGCCAACGAUGUUCCUCUCAUUACCGGCAACACUCGUGACGAGAGCGGUGCAGAAGUCAGUGCCUCGUACACAGUCGCCGAAUACAAAGAGUACUGCGCGAUAAAGUACGGCAAUCUUUCCACCGAAUACUUUAGCUUGUACCCAGCGGGAGACAACACCACGACCGCCUCAGCUGCCUGGAGACAGGCGGCCACCGACACAUCCCUCAUAUCUUCCUGGGCAUUCGGCACCGAAUGGGUCAAGUCUGCUUCCAGUCCCUUCUACACCUACUACUGGGAUCAUGCGCCUCCCAGCCAGGACCAGGGCGCCUUCCACCAGUCCGAGAUCAUGUACGCUAUGAAUGCGCUUUACGCCAAUGCGGACACAUAUGCCUUCACUGAUUACGACUAUUAUCUUGGUAAAAUCAUGUCAGACUACUGGGCGAACUUCGUCAAGACGCUGGACCCGAAUGACGACGGGACAGGUAGUAGCGGAAACUUGACGCAGUGGAGUCCUAAUGAUGGAACCGCACAGACGGUUAUGCAUGUCGGUGAUGGGUUUGGGGCGACGAAGAUUGCGGAUUCGGAGAAGGUGACUUUGAUUAUGGAGUACUUUGCUCAGCAGAGCCCGUACUGA